UUCAUUAUCACAUUUCUUCAUUCCAACAUUUGGGAGCAAUAAUAGUAAAACAACAAUCUGGAAAACUGAAGAAUCUGGAACAAAACCAAAUGCACUCUUCUUCCAAGAAACGCACAAUCACUUGGUUGAUCCUAAUCAUGAUUGUACUAUACAUCCUCUACUCCUCCAAUUUUCUUCUCUUAAGCAAGGACAAGCCAGAUUGUUCAACCUUCAAGAAAUUAGAUGCCACCACCGAAGAACAACUUGAGAUGAGUGGUAAUACAUCUUCAACAACAGAUACAAUUGAAGGAACAAUUGUUGAAGAGGAUAAAACAAUAGAGGAUAAAAAAGAAAAGGAGGAUGAGGAUCAAGAAGAUGAAAAAGAACUACCCCUUGAUCAAUUAUCUCAAAGACAAGACACAAAGCUUGAACACAUUGUUUUUGGGAUAGCCGCUUCAUCCAAUUUGUGGGACAUAAGAAAAGAAUAUAUUAAGGUAUGGUGGAAGCCAAACCAAACUAGAGGCGUGGUGUGGUUAGAUAGCAAAGUGAGGUCUGAAGCAAACGAAGGUUUACCAGAGAUUCGGAUUUCUGGGGACACCACUAAGUUUAAGUAUACAAAUAGACAAGGGCAAAGAUCAGCUUUGAGGAUUUCAAGGGUGGUGACAGAGACAAUGAAGCUUGGGAUGAAGGAUGUGAGAUGGUUCAUGAUGGGAGAUGAUGACACGGUAUUUGUUGUGGAUAAUUUGGUUAGGAUUCUUUCUAAGUACGACCACACUCAGUUCUUUUAUGUUGGGAGCUCAUCUGAGAGCCAUGUUCAAAACAUACAUUUCUCAUAUGCUAUGGCAUAUGGUGGUGGAGGAUUUGCUAUAAGCUACCCACUAGCCAAGGAGCUUGCCAAGAUGCAAGAUCGUUGCAUGCAAAGAUAUCCAGGAUUAUAUGGUAGUGAUGAUAGAAUGCAAGCUUGUAUGGCAGAACUAGGGGUUCCAUUAUCCAAGGAACCAGGGUUUCACCAGUAUGAUGUGUAUGGGGACCUCUUAGGCCUUUUGGGGGCACAUCCGGUGACCCCACUAGUGACAUUGCACCACCUUGAUGUGGUGCAACCAAUAUUCCCAAUGUUGAACCGGGUACAAUCUCUACAACAUCUAAUGAAAUCUGUGAAGCAAGACUCGGGUAGCAUAAUGCAACAAUCAAUUUGCUAUGACAAAAACAGAUAUUGGUCCAUCUCUAUUUCAUGGGGCUUCGUGGUUCAAGUCACGAGGGGAGUUUUGUCCCCUAGAGAGUUGGAGAUGCCAACACGAACCUUUCUAAAUUGGUACAAAAGAGCUGAUUACACUGCUUAUUCAUUCAACACAAGACCUGUGGCCAAAAACCCUUGUCAAAAAGCUUUCCUUUUCUAUAUGAACAGAACACGAUAUGAUCCCAUCAAGAAGCAAAUUAUUGGUACUUAUUCUCGUUACAAAUCUAAACCUCCUCACUGCACAUGGAGAGUAGACUCACCAGAGGACCUUGAUUCCAUUAUAGUUUCAAAAAGACCAGAUCCUCUUCGUUGGCAAAGGUCACCAAGGAGGGAUUGUUGUAGAGUUCUACCAGCUCGUCGUAAGAACUCAUCUAUGUAUAUAUGGGUGGGUAGUUGUCGAGAGGGAGAGAUUAGUGAAUUAAGUCUUUAAAGUGGAAUUUAAAUUCCAAACUCCAAUCAUAAUUUGUAAUAUCUCGAGUAUAGUUGCAUUAGAAAA